AUGUGCCUGGUUGGCGCGACCGAAUCCCACUAUGGGGCCACGACUUUUAUGUUUGUAGUGGAGAACGACCGCAUAUGCCGUGAGUCCGCGGUCUCCGUCGGCGAGGGUGGGCGCGUCUCAGCGAAGGCGAUGCGGAGACCCGUCCCGGCAGCAGUUGUCCAACGGCGUACCGGGCAGAGCCUCGUCUCAACGAUGCCGGCGCAGUUUUUCAUCCGACCAUCCAUCCAGCGGAGUCCGCAGUACACUGUGCACGCGGAACAAGCGCACAGCGCCCUCACCUGGUUUAGCCCGCCGGUCGAGACGGUUGCCCGGGGUGUGGCCGCUGAGCAGAGCCCAGCCUCGUGGAGCCAAAGGUGAGAGUUGGGUGCAAGCAAAGGGACGCUAGGCGUAUUCUCAUCUGCAAGCAAGUGAGCGACCACUACGACCAUCACGUGAACCCACCGCUUGACACCCCUACACCCCAUCUCUGCUACUUACCGUUUGUUAGUAACCAGACUCUACUCAUACCACCCUGUCUUUUUCUCCGUAUCCCUAUUCGUCGGUUCUCAUCAUUCUUUGUUCAUUGUUCUUUGUCCAUUGUCUAUUGCUCUUUGUUGCCAAUCGCUUAUAAGCCAACCAACACACUUUGGCGUCAUUCGCUGACUGCUCGUCUUAUCACCUCGAAUGAACGUCCACUUUUCAAUUUAUUCUCCGCCUUAUUAACUCUAUUGUGCUCAGCUAAUCUUACUGUUUAUUGCUACAGAACCACAAAGAAUAAACGAGUUAUCCUGACUGUCUUCUGACAUAGCUUUGACCUCGCGUGCGUCUAUUCCGGUGAAUAAAGCAGCACUGAAUCUAGAAAAAUCCAAAGAAUACCUACACUAGCAUUAGUGUAACUACUCAACUAAUACGCCUAUGUAUACGACAUUUAAUAGUUCAUGCAGUUUGUGGGCUAACUCAUGAAAUGUCGACCGAAAUUUCGAAAUACGUUUUCUUUUCGAAAAGAUUAAUUAAGUAGGGUUGUAAAACUUAUAAUCGUACAGCAGAAUUAUAUAAUAAUUCAGUUACCACGGGAUACUGGCUUUCAAACGAACCUCUUACCGGCCGCAUACAAAAACUACUUAACUUGCAAACAUUUUUCUCAGUGAUUUUCGAUGCCCUAAAAAAUUAACUUCACUCUCAUGUUCAUGCGGUAGAAAGUGACGUUUUCGACGGGUGCCAAAUAAACGGCCGCAGGUCUUCCAUCACGGCUACCUUACGUACUAAUGUUUGUUCAGUAGGUGUGCUUGUGGUAUUUAAACCCUCAGCCACACCCACCGAACAGACUCGGUAGGGUUUACGGGGAGUUUCCAUCCUCUGUUGCCUAAAAUUUAUGUCCAAUAUACAAUGCCACUUUUAUACCCUUACGCCCACUACCUUCUCCUUUCCUAAACCACCUCUUGGCAGUUCGCGUGCGCGGCAGUUGCGCUGUUAACUGCGGGGUUGCCGGUUUCGUGGUUUACAUGCAGUUUCCCGCCAUCAUCUUUCGGUUUCAGGUCAUGGUCCACUUACCUCCCCUCCCACGCAUUCCGAAGUCCACCUAACUGAGGUGCCAGCAUUCCCCUUUCGUCAGUCAGACUACCACUUACGUCAGCUGUUUACUAAUGUUUCCAGCCCGGCAUCCACUUCCGGGCGUGUACAUGAACCUUCGGCACUCCCUCUCCAUAUUCUGCAACACCCACCCACCCCCCACCCAAAGGCUUACAGCCUACGCCGUCCAAACAGAAGACUUCCACUUGGGGCAGCUGCCACCAAAGGCUUCAGGCUCUUAGACCACUGCGGUAUUUAUAUACAUUCCUACCGCUCCCUCACCGCCUAGCCCACGCCUUUCCCCCUCCCCCCUCCCAAAGGCCUGUCACGUACGCCGUCCCAACAUCAAUCCCGGCAGUCCCUCUCCCCUUUAGGCAAGCUCACCGCAUUCCACAAUUCCCUCACCGGGUGUUUCCACUUCCGCCUGUUUCAUAGUCUACUGCCCCUGCCACCCGGCUUUGUUAGUUGGCCUGAUAUGCCCUUCCCCGCGGGUGGUUCACGUCGCCAGUUACCAGCUACACCGAUUCCUACUUACCGUCUACCAUGGCCGGCUGCGGCCUAA